GAACAAACCCCAAUGGCAUGCACCUCCCCUCCACACAUCAGUUGAACAGCUUGCUUCCAUCGAUCGCCACCUAGUCCCUAGGCAACAACGCGCGCUCGUUAGCUCAGCUUUCUCGCGCCUCCCGCCUGGUGUAUAAAUACUCUUUUCUGUCCAGGCUCUCAGUCAUAAGAUCUCACCACCCCUAGCCCUCGUCUCAGCGUUCCCUCCGCAUCUCCAAAGCAAUGCUGCUCCACGAUCGGCCGCCACCCGUCACCUGACCCUCAUCACGAUCCUUAGCUUGUUCUCCGACCCAUAGACUUGUUCUCCCGAUCGUCGUAUUACCGUCUCGGUCUCUCCCCUCGUAAUCAGGUUCCGAGCCUCCCUCUCCGUUCCGCGCGAGCGCGAGGCGGCGGCGGGCCCUCCAUGACCGCGCCACCCGCUCUGCUCGUCACCCGCUCCGUCUCGUCGUCCGAUGUUUCCGGCGGCAACCUUCCCGAGGUAGCCUGGGAGCACGACGCAAGCUCCGGCGCCGGUGACGGAGUAGAUUUUGGCGAUGGAUACUACCGGAAGGAUUGCCACAGCAAUUUCCGCACGUGCGUCGACGGCAUGUCGUUUUCCCGAGCCUCCACGCUGCCUGCGCCAGCGCUGGUGACCGCGCAAGCCGACUUCACGCCGCAUCCGGGGGCCGCGCGGCAGCAGGAAUACCAGGGCGGCGGCGGCGGCGGCGGGAACGGCGAUCUGUUUUACGACUGCGACGACGCGUGGAUGCGCACGGAUACCACGUGGAUGCACCUUGACGACCAUUCUGCGGCGCUCUCGCAAUUCCUCGACGGGCUGCCGAGCGUCCCAGUGGAUGCGUCCGGCUCUCACAACGCCCCGUUUCAAGCGGCUCCCGGGUCGACCGACCUCGUGACGAAUGCCGCUGCCGCUGCGGCGGAAACGGGCGCGUAUAUCCUCGUCGAAAGCGCCGACGCCGCCGGCGAGCAACGCUGCGGUGCAACCGAGGGCGGCUGCGAUUGGCUUGAGGACAUUCUUCCGUCUCCCACGCAACCGUGCCAACCGGAGGUGGCGGUAAACCAGGUGCACGCACCGGGACUCGCGCUCACCAGCAACAAUUCGAUGGACUGGAUUCAAGGAGUGACGGAUCCGCCGCCUGCCAGCGCUCCGCCACUCGUUCCCGAGGCCAAGGGCCCGCACCCAGUCGACGUGGACGUGAUGGCAACGGCGGCGGCGACCGCCGAUGACGAUGCUUACGCUGUUCCAAACCCUUCCCGCGGCGUGUGGUGGACGCCGCAGUCGGCUGCACCGGCUUCUGGAGCGCUCGUCGGUGGAGCGGACGAAGUUGCGCGUGCGGGGGAGGGCGGAGGCGCGGCGACGAGGAAGAGGCAGCGGGAGCCGUCGAGCGUACAGCAGCCACAUCAGCAGCCACAUCAGCAGCCACAGCAGCUACAGCAGCAGCGAGAGCUUCCCAUCUCCGGUGAAGCAGACCGUGCUACUACCGCGUUGUCGCCCCGCGCCAGGGGCAGCAGGAGUAGCAGCAGCAGCGGCGGCGGCGGCGGAUUGAGCAGUAGCAGCGGGGGAAGCGCGAGCACAAGCAGGAGCAGCCGUGCGGAUGGCGCGCUUGUCAGCGCCCUCAGGCGCUGCUUGAAUGCGCACGCCGCCGGUGCCAGAGGUGGAUCUGCGCGCAAAGGCGCGGAAGAGCUCGUGCGGAACAAGAAGGCGGAAGGCGCGGGGGAGGUAGCGACGGAGGUGCGCUGCGGGGGGGCUGCUGCUGGGACUGGGCCAGCAGCAGCAAGCGGGGGACACACAAGAACAGCGAUGGAGCCGCCUGGGAAUGCGGACGGCAGAGAUGCUGGCACGCGUGUUGUGCGCGCAGAGGCGGCUGCGACUUUGGCGUCUGCGGAAUUGAGUGGUACGCAUCGGGUUGCUUUACCAGGUGCGCAUCAGCGGAACGUGCUGUCCCAGUCGCAGCCACGGUCCGAAGCACCACCGCACUCACCACCCCAACCCGAGCUGCAGGCACUGCCUCAGGCGCAGCCACUGCAUGAGAGGCAGUUGCUUCAGUCCGCCCCUAUUCUUCUACCACCCGCGCCCCAUCCCGCUCUUGCUGCUGCCGCUGCUCCACCCGCUCCCAUCCGGCGCCCGCCUGCAGCGCCAUCUCGUGUGUCUCCGCCGCCUGCUGCUACAACCGUGGCGACGCUUCCAGCCGCCCAUCAUGCUGCCGCCGUAGGUGUAGCUCCUCCCCACACAACCGCGCCUUCCGCCAUGUGCCUGACCCCAAUGCCCGCAGCUAGCAGCGUCCCCGGCGGACCAGCCGGAGCUGCGAGCACAGCGGGCGGGGGAACCGAGGGGGAAGGUGUCGGCGAGGCGGAAGGGGAAGAGGGCAGCUGGGAGGAUGAGGAGCAGGAACGCAGGCGGAAGCGGUUGAUGCGCAACAGGCAAUCGGCGCUGCAGUCGCGGCAGCGGCGAAAGAGCUAUGUGUCGGAGCUGGAGGGGAGGUGCGCCGCGCUACAGGCCACCAUAGGACAGCUGCGGCAGGUGGUGGCCGUGACCGCGUACGAGAACGGCGCGUUAAGAGACGAGCUUGCUCGCCUGCACCAGGUGUGGGCCGCAGGAGCAAGCACCGCUGGAGCCAUGGGUGCCAUGGGGGUGGCUGGGGUGGCUGGAGUUGCUGGUGCGGUGGGGAGUGUUGGUGGGGCGGCCGGUGGCGCUUCCAGCGAAGAUAAGAGGGGGGAGGAAGAGGUGGAGGAGGGGAAGCAGGGGGGAGGGAGUGUGUCCGGAGGAGGUGUGCGUGCUGAUGCAGCAGAGCCUGCAGUGCUUGAAAGCGACUCCCUGCCGUCGGAGUCCCUGCUACGUCCUCACCGCCAUCUCAGCCCGACCACUGCCUUGCUCCUCACCCUCUUCUUCCAAUGGGCGCUCUUCCUCUGGGUGCUGCUGCCGCCUCAGCAGCCGCAGCACCUCCCCCCCUGGGCCUGCUCCGCUGGCCUCUCCCUCGCCUACCUCUCCCUCCACUGGCUCGCCCACUCGCCGCUGCACCACCCGCCGCAGCACGCCCCGUGCAAACGGCGAGUGCAGCAGCGACAGUGGCAAUGGCAGUGGCAGCCCAGGCAGCAGCAUUACCUGGUGGGCAAGGCGCUAGCUGCUCUGCCUCCCCUGCUCCCAGCAGUGGGGGAAGCACCGGAGCCAGUUCUGAAGGGGCUGCUGCUGGUGGCGUGGCGCCGUGCGCAUCAGCAGCAGGGGGAGACCGGCAGGCAAGGUUUACUGCGUCCCAGCCGGCCAAGACAGCGGCUGGGGCAAAAGCAGCCAGGCAGAGACGCAAGGGGCGGGUGUGAGGAGGGGUGGUGCCAAAGGGAUUGGGCAGUCGUUACAAGGACGAGGAGGGGCGUAAGAAAUGGUGGAGUGUGGCCCUCUCGUGGAGGGUGAUGAAUGAUGAUGGUACAGGGUUCUCUGAAGGGACUGGAUGUGGAGAAGAUAAUGCUUUGUGUGAAUAAGUGAUGCAGGGCCCGUGAGAAGGACAGGGCAGGCUCAAAGAGUGACCUGCUACCAUAUGCUAGAUGAUGUGCGACAACCAUGCUUGGAUGUAAUGUUGUAGAUGGAUGGAUGGCUGUUUUGUUUCUUUCUCUCUUCCUUUCCAAGAUCUGUUAGUGCUUGCUUGGUGGAAUGGGAAAAAACAUGAAUCUGUUUCUUCGCGAAAGUUGUUGGAUAAGAACAAAUCCCGCCCUAGCAC